CAAACCUCUCUUCUACGUGUAAUGCAAACUCCCCACCCAUUCCCUUCUUCACACUCUUCAUUCAGCUUCCAACAUACUAUAAAUAGAAAGCUUUAGUACUUACAACAACCUUAGUUAAUCAUACUGCAAGGAAGUGAUCACACAUUCACAAUUACACUUAUGGCUCAAGUUGAUAUCAAAAACCCCACAAUUAAUAACAAUGAUCAUCUCCCAAAAAUCUCUCGAAACCCUGAUGAUCUCCAACUUCAAACCUUUGAUGAUCAAGAUUUCAAGUCUCCCACUAGGGUUGGAGCUAAUGAUCAGGAAGCUAUGUUGAUGAUGUCAAAAAAUAGAGUUGUUGAUGAGGAUGAGGAUAAUAAUAAUAAUAAUAAGAAUACUACUUCUUGUAAGAAAGAAGAAGAUGAACAAAUCGAAUCGGGCGGCCGCGAAAAAUUGUUCCGGCACCGGAAUGAAGUAGCUGGAAGAGUUUGCAUCCCUGAGAAAUGGGGCCAGGAGAAGUUGCUGAAAGAUUGGAUGGAUUGCUCCAUUUUUGAUGAGUUGCUUGCUCCCAAAGAAGCUGCUUUGGCUCGUGAAGCUUUGAUUGCUGAGAGGAAAAGAGAAAGAACGAGGCAGCUGAUCAAUAUGGAACGUAUGAUCUCUAAUUAGUACUCCUUUGAUUCCAAGGGCUUCUUUUUUUUUUUUUUU